GAUGGAAUUAUUAGAUUGGUCUCUCUUGUUUGUUGGAGCUUUUUUAUUCAUUUUUAGAGUCUAAUUGUUUAGUUUUGAUAUAAGUAUAUUCUAAGCGCUUCGCUUGAUGUAAUGAUUUGGACGCUUUCUUAUCUGAUUUGACUAGUUUAUUUUCUAAUUUUCAUGAGAAUCUUGACAAGCAUAAAAGUUCAAAUCAGCGAAAGAAAAAAAAAAUAAAGAGGCUGAGCAGAGUAAGACAUGGAAGAUUUUGAGAAAAAAUUAUCAAUAGACGAAUCAAUGGAAGAAGAUGGUACCCAUGGCCAUGCCACCUCCGCCUCUCAUUCCUCAACAACCAUCGUCCAUUUGCUUCGUAAAUUCCUCGCCCUUCAGCAGCGUCGGGCCGAAGCCUAUUCCAAUCUCAAAAGGGGAUUUUCAGAGUAUAUGAUUUCGGGAAAUGAAUUGGUUUAUCAACAGCUUUGCAGUGACAUUACAGUGGAGUUCAAUAACUGCUCUAAACAAGUUAUUGAAAUUGAGUCCCUAUUUAAGAAUUCUGAGUACGAUCGAGUUGAUUUAGCUAAACUUUUGAGAGCUGUUCAAGAACAGGAAAAGCAGAAACUGAAUUUGACAGUCACAUUACAGGUGCUUAAGAAGGCAGGUAGGCCGUCAGAACGUUUGGUGAGCCAUGCAGAUUGCAAAUUUGAGAAACCAAUGGAGCAUGAGUGUGUGCAUGUGCGUGAGAUUACAGAAGCUGCUGGGACUGAAGAGGCAGAAGCAGAUGCUAAGUAUGAUAAGGAACUAAAGGAAGCCAUUAGAGGAGUACAGGAUGCUGUGACUGCUAUAAACGAGCAUUUGGAAGAGGUCAGAUAUGAAAUUGUGGCCCUUGAAACUGAGUGAAAUCAUUUCAUUUUAACUCUCAAUGAAUAGGCAUGAUCAUAGAUGCCAUACAAGCCUUGCAAAGAUGUUAACAGCUUUAAAAAAAACCGUACAGUUAGCAAAUUACUAUAAAGAUGGUAUUUUUUUUGUGAUUGUUGUGCCGUUCCAUAGCCCAUAUUUGCUUGUUAAGAUUUCACAUGGUUUCUUUGUUAGCUCCCACAUUAAACAGCCAAUGAUGGUUCAUUGAUCUCAGAAAUGUAUAAAUAAUUUUGAAUAGUCAGAUGAGCAAUGAGCAUCGGUUUCGAUCCAAUGUUUAUUGGCAAAAAUGAUAAAUAUUAAUAUUAUUUCAAAUCACAAUUAAACAAGCAGUUUGUGUACUUUUUAUAUCUCCAUAUAUUAUACUAAUUGAUGA